AUGGCUACCAACACCCUCCUGAUCGAGGGAUCGUUCGACGAACUUGCAGACGAACUCGCCCGCUACAUUGACUCGAUUCGCAAGUCUGUCUCGGCUGCCUCGGCGACCCCCAGUGCAGAGGUGCCCUCCGUGCAUGCUGAAAUUGCGCCGUUCCUCGAAAAGUUGCGGGAAAAGGAGCAGAGCGAGGAGGAGUUGACAGAGGCACAGACAAAGGAGGUCCAGAAUGAGAGAACCGAAGUGCUGAAGAAAGUGGUGCUUGCGGCUCCUGUGCUUAAUGGAGCUCCUGAGAAGGAAAUCACUGCGGCGUAUAACUUGCUCGUCUACUUGGUCCGUCAAUCGAGCUCGGUGGAUAUGUUUUUACCCAAGAUCUGCGCGUUCCUGGCUAAACCAAUGCCUUCAUCACCGAUGCAUGGCCCUUCCAUUGCCCUAUCUAUCCUGGCAACCAUCUUCAACACCCUGGACGCAGAUGACUCUAGCAGAUACCAUGUCUUCCUUGCCAUCAUGGCAGUUAUCCGAAGCACCUCUUCUGCCCUCGCAUUCGAGGCCCUCAAGACUCAACUGUCUAAUCAGCUGCCCACCUGGAUCGAGUCCUGGGACCUAGACGAAGACGAGACCCAGAAACUGCACAUGUCCAUCUCGGACGCUGCCAGGGCUGCCGGUGAUGCCGAGCUUUCAUACCACCACCUUAUCCAGGCACUACACGCCAUACCACCAGCUGAAGCCGCCUCUACUCAAGCCCGUGAAUUGGCUGUUCGAUCUCUUACCACUGCUCUUUCUUUCCCAUUUGUCUUCGACUUCACCCCUCUAACAUCCAGCGAUGCCGUCCAAAGUCUUCGAUCCACUGAUGCUUCCCUUUUUGAGCUUCUGGAACUCUUUUCUACCGACGUCCUCGAUGCUUACGAGGACUUCAUCAAGGAGAACCCAAUCUCCUCCAUCUCUGCCCUAGCAUCCGUCAAGACUAUUGCCCCCACCACCACCACGUCCGCCGCUUCAAGCGAACCCCCAUCCGUGGAAUCCAUUCUACAGACCAAGAUGCGUCUGCUUACGCUUGCCAGUCUUGCCGCAAAGGCCCAAUCUCGAUCUCUCCCAUACAACGACAUCGCCACCGCACUCCGCAUCGAGCGAGAGGAUGUAGAGAAAUGGGUUAUCGAUACCAUCCGUGCUGGCCUUGUCGAGGGAAAACUCUCCCAGCUAAAGGGCGAGUUCCUUGUUCACCGUGCUACCUACCGUGUCUUUGGUGAACGACAGUGGGGUGAAGUCCAAGGCCGUCUCAUGGUCUGGAAACAGAGCCUACUGAACGUCCUUGACGUCAUCCGCUCCGAAAAGGAGAAGUUCAAGGAAGCUGCCUCUGCUGCAGCUGCCCCUGCCCAGGGGUCUACUGAAGCCGAAAGAUUCUCAUUUGGAGGAAGAGGAGGAGGCGAGCGAAGGAGAGGAGGACACCAAUCACAUCAGCACCAAGCUAGGGAUAUGGAGCUGGUUGCCGGUGGUGACUAG